UAUAUGUCUAUGUUUCAUUCGAUCCGAAAAUGGAAACGGAUGAAAAAACCAUCCAUUUUUUUCAUUGGAUUCGCAGCAAUGUCAUUGUUCGUAGUGAUAGAAUUUUUGUAUGAUAAAUAUCGUCGUUCAGGACUAACAUUAACAGAAUAUUUUCGUUCAUCAAUAUCGAAAAAUUCGAAUUUGAUUGUCACAUCAAAAGUUGAUGACUUUUCGAAUAAAUUUCAAACAAAAUUUGCUUCUGUAUUGAAUGAAUCGGAGAUUCCACAAGUAAAACCAACCAGGAUUAUUCCCGGGACGAUUGCACUUGAUGGCUUGAAAUUAUCAUUAUUUCAAUAUCAGAACUGUCCUUUUUGUUGCAAAGUUCGGACAUUCUUGGAUUAUUAUGGAUUACCUUACGAGAUAAUUGAAGUAAAUCCGGUGAUGCGACAGCAGAUAAAAUUUUCAAAACAUUAUGGCAAAGUGCCCAUUUUGUUGAUUACAGAUCUAAAGAAUUCAUCAACCAAUGAGGAGGCUGAAAUUCUGCAAAUUAACGAUUCUACAUUAAUUGUUUCUGCAAUGAAUUCCUACAUUUUGUCCAAGAAUCCAAAAUCGAGGCACAAUGGAGAAUCACUUGCAAAUAUGAUACGAUGGUAUUUAAAUAGUCAAGUUUUAUCCAACGAAUUAGAAGGAACUGAAAUAGACAAGGAUGGAUCAACAUAUGGAGCCACACGAUUGAAGGAUGAGCUAAUAAACCGAUAUUUUCUUAUGAUUGGCGAUGUUGAUCAAAAAAAAUAUGAAAAAAUUGAUCCAUUACUAGCCCAAGAUCGUCGCUGGCGGCGUUGGGUUGACGAUCAUUUGGUUCAUGUUCUUUCACCAAACAUAUAUCGUACAAUGGAUGAAGCAUUCGAUUCCUUUAACUAUUUCGCCAAAGUCAGUGAAUGGGAUAAAAUAUUUUCCAAAUGGGAGAUAAUGAUCAUAACGAAUGUUGGUGCCAUGGCCAUGUAUAUGAUUGGAAAGCGAUUGAAAAAGAAAUAUCGACUCAAAGAUGAUGUUAGGCAAUCAUUAUAUGAUUCAUGUAAUUAUUGGUUAAAAGCAAUUGGUCCAAAUCGAAAAUUUAUGGGUGGUGAUACUCCUAGUCUAUCGGAUUUGACUGUUUAUGGAGUUUUAAGUUCAAUCGAAGGAUGCCAAGCAUUUGGCGAUCUGAUGCAAAAUACCAAAAUAUCCGAAUGGUACUAUUCAGUCAAAUCAAUGGUCAAUGAACAUCAUGGAGCAAAUGAUAUCCAACAUUUGUUUGUUCAAUAAAAAACGUUUUUAUUAAAUUGUAUCAUAAUAUUUGGUCUUUAUAUUGACCUGAUUAAAAAUUAAAAGGAAAAAAAUUUCUCUAU